ACUGAUUCUCUUUCCACUCUGUAAACUGGCUCUAAUGAAGGCUGACUGUGCAGAGUGUUUUUUUAGACACAUGGAGAGAGCAAAAGUGUGGCUCAUUAAAAAAAAAAAAAAAAACUGUCAGUGUUGCCUUGCCACCACUGGCACCUUAAGCUGUAGUCUUCUGCUGUUUAUUCAGCCACUGGGUCACUGAUUCAGUCUUUUCUCUUUUCUCCACCUCUUCAUCUUGGUCUCGUUCUUACUCCUACUUCAUGUCCACAUUUCUGAUAUCAUAGAACAUCAAUGCCUUUUCUGCCUUUCAACUCCUUUCAGUUUGUGGAUCUGCCCCACCCCUCUCACUUGUUAUCUCAUCUCCUGGCAUGUUCUUGGCUGUCAGAGGUGGUGCACACUGUCUGCACCAUCACAGAGAUCUACAGCUGUGCGACCCAUUCAGAAGUCUGAGCAGUCAACAUUCUUUAUGACAACAAAGGAGAUGCAGAGAAGACCUUGGAAGGGCUGUUAAGAUGGCUAAGGCUGGAGAGAGGCAGAGCUGCAUCAUGCAAGGAUAUGAUCUAUGUUUACCUGCAUCCAUGCAGCUCCAGGGCACCUUUUAAUGAUGCCUCAUUUGGUCCUCUUGAAUAACUUUUGGCCCACACUGAAAAAGGCCUUCUGUUGUGACUUACAGCUUAGUCUGUCGAUGUUCCCCUGCCUCUGACGUCUCUGCUGCCAUGCGAUUAGCCCCAUGAGGCUCCGAGAGCCCUUCCUUGUCUGUCUUUGAGGCCUCCUCCCCACUCUAUGGAGGCUGAGCCCAGCCGUCCGCCUGAUGAGGAGCGCUCUGGAAGGCAAGAGCAACAGCAUGUAACGGCUGAAUCCUCGCUAGGAUCUUGUCCACCUCAGCAGCCCCAGCAGCCUCCUAAUCCUCGUCCUGUACACAGAGCUUUGGGCCGCCUGCAAAACCGCCAACCCAGACGCACUGACCUUCUGCUUCGGUUACAGCAGCAGCAAGCAGUAGCAUGGCAGCAUUCAGAAACCCCAGGUUCCUCAGGAGGCAGCUUCUAUUCUCCAGCUUCCUCAUCAACUUCAUCUCUUCCCUCUACUUCCUCUACCCGGGGUGAGCAUGGUCAGGGGGUCCCACCUCAGUCCAGCCAAGAGGGCCUAGAAGGAGUCAGCUCACCCAGAAAAGGGGAGAAGAAACCCCAAAAACCAGGGAAAUAUGUGUGCUCUUACUGUGGCCGUCCAUGUGCCAAGCCAAGUGUUCUUCAGAAACACAUUCGUUCACAUACAGGAGAAAGACCUUACCCUUGUGCCCCCUGUGGCUUUUCAUUCAAGACCAAGAGCAACCUUUAUAAGCACCGUAAGUCCCAUGCCCAUCGCAUUAAAGCAGGCCUGGCAUCCAGUCGGGAUGAGCAGAGUUCAAGUGGACCAGAGGGCAGUGGCAUUGGAGAAGACCCCGAGGAGCACACAGAAGGAGAAAGCACUGAGUCUGAAGAAGAGACAGGCCAACACAGAAAAUCUAAGGAGAUGUUGGGCCAGCAGAAGAAAGGUGGCAAGGAGCUGCUUGGGACCUCGGAGGAGAGCCAGAGGCCUGAAGACUCCCAGGCUGUCAAGCAAAGGCUGGCACUAAGGCUUAGUGAAAGGAAACGUGGCCCAAUGGCUUCCCCAGAUGACCCACCUUCUUCCCUCUCCUCCACCUCUUCUUCUUCCCUAGGGCCCGGCAGUAAGGGCAGCACAGAGUCUGGCUACUUCUCCGGAUCAGGCAGUACCGACAUGUCCCAAGUUAGCCCCCCCAGUGCCAGUGCCAAAACCUACGCAGAAAUUAUUCUAGGGAAAUAUGGAAGGCUGGGUGGCCAGCAGCGCAGUCCCCAUCAGCAGCAGCCUCAUUCUUCACUUUCCUCAUCCUCAGGAACAGAGGACAAGGGCAUUCCAUUUGCUGUACCCAAAACCCAAGUAAUAGAACACAUAACCAAGCUUAUCACUAUCAAUGAAGCAGUAGUAGACACCAGUGAGAUUGACAGUGUAAAGCCCAGACGCUCCUCUCUGUCCAGGAAGAGCAGCAUGGAGUCCCCUAAAUUUACCACCCCUAAAGAUCCCUACGCAUUUGAUCCCAAAGGAGAAGUCCCUGGCCCCAGUGGUUUGAGACACCUCCACAAUCCUGAGGCAGAUCCAGCAGGUACUCAGGAAAUGUCAGCAGUGCCUCUGCUUAGAAGCCACUCAAUGCCAUCAUCUACCAGCCCAGGAGAGCCCUCCACCUCUGGCACCAUGUCUCCAAGAGGGUACCGUCUCUGCCAGUCAUUCGAUGAGCAGCAAGCAGUGGUAGCAGAGAUGAGGGUUGGCCAUGCCCAGCGUAUGCUGAAGCGCCAACCUGCCAUAGAGGUCCCACUUGGAGCUGAGCAACUGCUGGAGGAGGCGGUACCCUCCUCUUCGUCCUCCACCAGAGGCACAGAACUAGCUAGGCAGCCCCAGCAACAACAAAAACAAAAGACUCUGAGCCUGUUUGAAUGUGAAGUCUGUGGGGCCCAUUUUCAACAUAGUGAAGGCUACGAGACCCACAGAGGCACAUGUCUUGGGCAGAAAACACUAGAACAAGAGAGCAGGCAUGUGAGCAAAACAUGCAGGGACGAUCGCCCCCCAAUGAUGAUGCACUAUAAGUUCCGAGCAUUGGCCAUGGCUGUUAGGAAAAGGAGGAAAGAGGAAAGUCUGGAGGAGGAUCCUCCCAGCCCUGGAUCUGUAGCCAUGUCAGGCAGCUCUGCGGGCCUAAUCCCUUUGCCAAGCAGACCAGAGCACAGCCAGGCCCACUCAGGUGUUUCUUCACGGACUGAGCCAAAACAACAGCAGCAGCAGGACAGGAAGGGUGUGUCUGUCAUCCAACACACAAGCUCUUUUGAGAAGCAGGAGAGUCUGUCCAUGGAAAGUCAAGAACCAGACCUCAGAGAGACUCAGCAAACACAACAACCCGAGCCAAAACCAUCACCCUCUACAUCUCGCCUCAUCCGCCAGCCAAACAUCCAAGUGCCAGAGAUCCUUGUUACUGUGGAGCCUGAUGCCGAUAUGCCAUCUGUGUCACCGCCAGUGACAGCAUCCUCAUCCAAGGAGGCAGAGAGAGUGGAGGAGUUCCAGUGGCCUCAGCGUAGCCAGACUUUGGCCCAGCUCCCUGCAGAGAAGCUGCCACCAAAGAAGAAGAGACUCCGCCUGGUAGAAGCCGCCCAGUCCUCUGGGGAGUCUAGCUUUGAGUCUGUGUCUCUGCCUCGCAGCCCAAGUCAAGAAAGCAACAUUUCCCACACCUCAAGCCUUUCUGCUUCAUUUGAGGACACAGCAAGACUAGAGUCUGCUGCCUGGGCCUCCAGUAGCCAAAGCUCCCAAAUGUUGAUGGUGCCAUCCACUUCCCACCAACACCAUCAAAGCCACAAGGAGAUGAGGCGCUCAGCUUCAGAGCAGGCUCCAACAAGCCCCCAGCAAGCAGAGCAGAUCUCAGAGGCCAGAAGUAAGUCCUUUGACUAUGGGUCACUGUCACCUCAGCAAUCUGCAUCCUCCUGGAAAGAAAGGAGAAAGUGUCUCCUUGUGAAGCAUGCCACAUUAGGGGAACCUGAGCAGGAGGAAGGUGCCAGCAUGACUCAAUUGUCCAGAGCGGACAGUCCAAAGCCAGGGCCUUCCCGUGCUAUCCAGUCUCCUCUCUACUCAACUGAGACAAGCUCCCGGUUCAGCCUAGACACCACAGGGAAAGCCUUGCAGCUAUUCCAGCCACAAAUCUUUCCACGCUCUCAGGAUGUGCUCCCUUUUCAACCCAGAGGCCAGCAAGCGUUUUCUCCAGGAUCACUGUCCCAGCUUCUUCCCGUCACCACAGCCUUCUCUGAAGUACUCUCCACCCAAAUAAUACACAGAGCCUUCUUACAUUCACAGACAAGACCUCCACCUAUACAGAUACACCCAGCACAGAUUCACAUGGCUGAAAGGUUGGGUAUACCACUUCCGCAGCUACCUGCUCUAGUUCCUCUCCAGUUCACCUCCAGAACGAGAGAUCAAACUCUGUACUUGCCUUUCCCUCCAAGACUUACUGCACAUGUUUCCUCCCCUCCAACUACAGAGAGCAGACCCACCAUCCCUUCUACCCUUACCCAUCAAUCCCUCAUAAGAAUCUCCUACCACCACCCACAACCAGUCAUCGCCACAUGCGUGGCACAGCUCACACCAGUUGUGUCCCUUGUGGUGCCUGUGAGGCUCCAGACCCAUAUACCUACCUAUGCCAGUGCCAUGUAUACCACCCUGUCCCAGAUCCUGGCCUCCACUCACUCACAGGAGCCCAUUUCUUGCACAGCAAUGGUCAUCAUGGGCCAGGUGGAACGGGAUAAGCUACAGAGAUCCUAUUUAAAGGUCCCCUCCACAGAUAUUAAGAGCCUUCUUCCCCUUACUCUACCAACAGAGCUGGCCUCAGGAUCUGGGGAGGGAUACGGUCCACUGGGGGCUGGAGGAAGUAAACGCAUGCUUUCUCCUGCUGCCAGUCUUGAGCUCAGCACUGAGGCCCAACGUCACCAGAAAAGGGUAAAAGAGGAAGGGGAAGGGGAGCACACGGCUGGAGAGGAGGAGAAGGAGGUCAUUGAACAGAAGGUAAGACCAGAAGAAGAAAGUAAAACCACUGGGACAAAGCUGGAAGAAGGAGAGAAGAAACAGUUACAGAGGAGGGAGGUGACAAGUGUUAAAGUGGAAGAGGAGCAGGAGCAAGAACCAAGGAAGCAUGAUAGUAAGGAAAAGGAGGAGGAGGAGUCAUCUGAGAAAACAAGUAAAAAAACGGAGGUGCCACCAGUAGUCCAACAGGGGGUAGAAAGCGUCACUUCAUACCCCAGCCUCCACACCUCCACCUCAGUCAACUGGUGCUACCUGAACUAUGUUAAGCCCAAUCCAUCUGCCCUGAGGGAACCUUGCACCUCAGUUUAUUCUACCUGGAGCGUCAGUGCCCACAACCCCAACUUACCAGGUGUCAGCACUAAGGUGGCGUUGUCCCUACUGUGCUCAAAACAGAAGCACAGCUCAGAGACGUACACCAUGGCCAUGGCCCCAUCCCCAGCCACAAGCAAACCGGCCCCUAGCAGUAGCAGGACCCCACGUGUGUCAGAGGUACAUGCCACCCCACCCAGCACCCUCACUCAAGUAAAGGAUCAGCAGCAACAUGAAAAGGAGGACACUAAAGAGAUGAGAGAAGAGGAAGGGCCUUCCACCUCCAAACAGAGCGAGGCUUCUCGUGUUCGCAUCUUUGAAGGCGGGUUCAAGUCCAACGAAGAGUAUGUUUAUGUGAGAGGCCGCGGCAGGGGCAAGUACAUAUGUGGAGAGUGUGGCAUCCGCUGCAAGAAGCCGAGCAUGCUGAAAAAGCACAUCCGAACGCACACAGAUGUCCGUCCAUAUAUUUGCAAACACUGCAACUUUGCCUUUAAAACCAAAGGGAACCUUACUAAACAUAUGAAGUCCAAGGCUCAUGGGAAAAAAUGCCAGGCAAUGGGAGUAUCUGAGUCAUCACUUGACGAGCCGGAGAGCGAGGAAACAGAAACAGCAGGAAGUGAUGAGCGUGUGGGUGGCUCCGAGGAACAGGAGGAACAUCAAUUUUCUGACGUGGAGGAGUCUGAGGACAAUGACGACACAGAUGACGAUGACGAUGAGGAAGGCGAGUCCCAUGAGGACCUGCCAUCCUCCUGUUCGUCAGACACCCACCCAUCAGCAGGAGGGCACUCCAGCUGCAGUAGGCACUCUCAGCAGGGCACUCCUGAACCCGAGCCCACACGCACCAGUCCCAGUCCUGGUCCGGAGUUAUCCCCAAGGGGAGUUUGGCCCAGUAGACGAGCCGCCUCUCCAGGCAGCAGGAGAGCACUGUUCUCCCGGCGGGGCUGGAAGGCAUCACCGAGAGCUUUCUCCCCCAGUAGUGAGAGCUGUUCCCCCAGCCGCAGCCUCUCUCCACGGCUGGAGCUGUCAUCACCCCUCCACAGCCUUUCCCCCAGGACGGAGUUGUCUUCACCCAGCCGGCAUGUCUCGCCCUCCCCUGAGAGAGGACCGUCUCCCAUCAGACCCCUCUCUCCUCUUCUUCCUAUUUCACCCAGCUGCUACCGGUCACACCAAGCUCGGACUCCUCCCUUGCCACUGGGGUUACAGCACAGGACCCCUGGAUACCUGCCAUGGGAGAGCCCAGGUACAAAGGGUAGCCUUGUCAAACCGGAGAAAGGUGGUAAAGCAGCAGAGGGGCCAGCAUUGCCAGAAACCAGCUUGUUUCCACCUGCUUUCCGUAUUUCUACGUGUGAGGCUUAUUCUGGCACCCAAACAACAGACACCAUCUUCAGCCAUCUUCCCAUGCACUCCCAACAAGCCAAGGUCCCCUGCCUGAUGAUCCCCAUCGGAGGGAUCCAAAUGGUACAGGCUAGACCAAGGUCCCACCCUACCACCCCUUCGUCCCCAACAUCUCCCCCCAUGGAGGGGCCAUCACUGGCCAGAUUUGAAUCAUACUGGGGCGGGACCCCCAGAACUCAAGGGCUUAGGACUCCUGGAGACCACUGGUGGGAGCACCAGGCAGCAGGAACCAGCCAGUCAGGGCGGUGCAUUCUCAGCACAGCACUAACAUGUUCCAAACCGGAGUUGGAGACCUCAGACUCAAAGCAAUAUGGCAGCUCACAUAGCUCAGCCCACACUUGCAGGUCUGCUACUGAGACCAGCGAGCGCAGUGUCGGAGACAGUCGUUCAAGAGCACCCCUCAGUUUAGCAGCUCCUGUAGCCUCGCUUGUCACUGAACAGCAGCCAGAGGGGGAGGAGCCACAUUCUGGUGGCGACUGGGUCAAGGGAAGAGCUAAAGGAGACUCAACCAGAGCAGACCAGAGCACGUAAUAGUGUCUACACCUUGAUGCAUCGUGCAUCCCAUUUUGCUUUAUUGGUUGCUACACUAGUCUUGUUUUCUAUUGCUUUGUUUUUAUACAGUUUUCAAUACUAUUGUUAACUUAAAUGUUUGUUCUUUGGCAAUAUUCAGGUUUGUUAUAAAAAUGCACUUUUUUCUUUGUAAAAAUAAUGUCUAUCUAUAUACAUCUAAAUUAUGUAUAUGAAAAUAUAUCCUUCCUGUAUCUGUAUUGAUACUGGUAAUCUUAAUGUCUGUUUGAAUAUAUGUAAAAGGAAUAUGUAUAAAUUUGUAAAUGACCAAAAUCUUUAAACAAAAAUAAUUCAAUUUCUGUUUGUCCAAAUUUUGUCCAGUAUUACACAAAUUGUAGUUACUUGUGCCUUUUCUGUCCAGGUUUGUGUUUUGAGAUGUACAGUACAGAUAGACAAAGAAAGGCUGUGAAAUUUUAUAUCUGCUUUUUUGUGUCAUUUGGGAGGGUUAAUAUUUGGUGUUUUGAUUGUUUCUGUUCCAUUGCUUUAAUGCCAGGGUAACAGAGCGUCGCAUGGCGGAGAUAUUGAAGGAGCAGCAGAAACGUGUCAAAGGAAUUGCACUGAAGUUCUAUUUUUUAUUACAAAAGAUUUUAGAUUAGAUUAUAUCUCUGUACAGGGAAGAGCGCUCCUUAUUUAUUGUUAUUUGAUGACAAUGAUCAUUGUGUCAAGGUUGUUUUUCUUUUUUACUUUUUUUUAUUGAAAAAAAGGAUGUUUUUGUUACAUCUGUGUGUCUUUUUCAUGAUGUUCUUGUGACUUGAAUUGGUGACAGAGAUGAGGAAUUGAGCUUGGCUGGUACCGGAGGAUUAAGUGCCCUGCAGAUUUCACACACAGCAAAAUUUCUAGUCAUUGAAGAAAUAAAAAAUGCACCAGACUCCCCUGA